CCGCCGCUGUGUGUUUUCCUCCCGCACUACAUGACCCAUGAUCCUCCGCGAGUUGCAGCAGCAGCUGUCUUGUUGUGAUGGAAGUUUAGGGAGCGUGGACGGGCAAUGGCUCCUGUGCUGGGACCGGUGGUGAUGUGUAGAUACUAAAGAUGUCGCCGCUGCUUUUCCAGUGGAUCCCAUUUAUCCUAUUGUCAGCAAAGGUUUCCAUUACAAAUGGAGCUCUGAUCCCCUGAGCGACUUUGUUGCCAUCACCAAGACGUUCAAAUAAACGAUAUUUUGAUCCAUCAAAAAAUGAAUGAAAACUUCAUCCCGGCCCCCAUAAACCUGACAUUGCACAAAUAUCACUGUAGAGAAUGUGGUGAGAGCUUCAAUAGUGAGUCUGCCCAACUGUCCCAUCUACUGGUCCACACCAUAAAAACAGAAUCAACGUCUCCCACCCACUUACCUAACCAUGAGUAUUCACCUCCGGCCCUGCCAAAAACAGAACCGGUACAAUGUUCGGAAUGCGGAGAUUAUUUUUCAUCCAUUUUCCAACUUCAUGACCAUUUUACAACCCACGUAAGGGAGCGACCCUUUCCUUGUACAAAAUGUGGGAAAGCUUUCAGCUGGAAGUCCAAUCUUAAGAGACAUUUGAAGAUCCACACGAAGGAAGACUUUGUGAUCACAAGAUGUGUCAAUGGAGAUACAUGGGAGGAAAUCCAGACUGAACUGAGACCCUUCCCUUGCUCUCAGUGUGGAAAGACCUUUACGUGUAUUACAUCGCUUAAGAAGCACGAGAAGCUCCACUCAUCCCAAGCGGCGUACGCCUGCCCCGAAUGUGGAAAGCAGUUCUCUUCAAGUUCCAAGGUGAAAAGUCACCUGAAAACUCAUUCUGGCGAGAAACCAUUUCAGUGUAUGAAAUGCGGUAAACGGUUUGGCUGGAACUCUAAUCUCAAGAGACAUCAAAGGGUCCACGUUGGAGGAAAAGGAUGCAAACCAUUUAUUGAACCUUCGAGCUCCAGCAUGGACACCCAAACCCUCAAUGAAUGUGCCGAGCUAUUCACCAAGAACGUCUACUAUGUGAGCAACGAUGAGAUCCACACGGUGGUCAAGCUGUUCCCGUGUUUAGAGUGCGGAAAUUAUUUCAACAGUUAUUUACAGCUCAAAAAGCACCAUCAAGUCCACACCAAGCAGAAGGCUCUCAUCUGCGAUGAAUGUGGAGUAACGUUCACUUGUAAAUUUAAGUUCCGCAGCCAUCAGAAAGUCCACACGAGGGAGAAGCCAUUCCGAUGCCUCACGUGUGGAAGAUGCUUUGGCUGGAAAUCGAACCUUACAAGGCACCUGAAGGUUCACGCCAAUGAAAAACCUUUAGUCUGUCAAGAAUGCGGUAGGAAAUUUCUGUGGAGCCUAAAUCUCAGGAGACAUCUGAAAAUUCAUAUAGGACAAAGGAUUGCUAUGUGUCGUCAAAAUAAGUCAGUUCUGACCUACAAGAAGAUUGGUCCUAUUGCCAACAAAAUGGUCCAGACAAGAUAUAGAGAAAUUGCACAGCUUGGCCAGGACUGUUAUUAUAUAUCCAUGUCUGGAAAGCAACGGAAAGUUCACCUAGGAACAAAACUGUAUGGAUGCGUUAAGUGUGGUAGAAGGUUCCGGUCAUAUUUUAAUCUUUUCCUUCACAGAAGGAGUCAUGCAAAGUCAAAACUGUUUUCAUGUUCUUGGUGCGGCAAAAAGUUUCCAGCCGAAAGACAACUACUUCACCAUGAGAUAUUUCACAGCGGGGAAAGUAUUGUCAUUUUAUGAGGUGGAAAAAAAUUUGUUUUAGGCUCUUGGACUUAUGGUCUCGUUAUGGUCUCCACGUUAGAAAAUGUUUAGGUAGAACUUUUGUUGAAAGACCAAAAAACCUACAAUAGAUGUUAUUUGUACGUUAGGUUGAUGUAUAUAUGUAUUGUUGGCGUGGUGAAUUUAAUGAUUUCUGUAUGAGACAGUCAUAUAAGCUAAGAAACGUCCACCCUGUGUCACCACUAGGAAGGACACUCAGAGGUCGAGUUGGUUUUGCAACAAUCCAAUUUUGGAUUUUAUGAGGUGUCUACAUUCAGUAUUUCAUUUUGCAUUUGGGUGCAAACAGUUCCACUGUACCAGCAGAUAUUAGCUAUUGGCCAAUCUGUGGCAUGCACCAUAUGUUUGGCCCCUUGAAGUAGUACUGUAGUAUUUGGCAGUGUGGCCCCUGAAUACCUUUGGACUAUAGCAUUGCUUGCAGUAUUACAUUAAAUUGCAUCAGUUAGCAGAUUUGUACCUGUUGCCUGCGCUCCUGGCCGCUUAAAGGGGAAUUCCCAUCACAAUGAUCACUGUUAAAUCUGUUAAUGAUUUGACAGUGAUCAUUUUUGUAAAUA